AUGGCUGAAGUCACUCACUUUUACAACCUGAUGGUGAAGGAGAACAACGGAGCCGUACAUCUGACCGCCGAGGCUCAAUGGAAGAAGCACUGGUUUGUGCUAACUGAUCAAAGCCUGAGAUUUUAUCGGGACUCGAUUGCUGAGGAGGCUGCUGACCUGGACGGUGAGAUCGACUUGUCCACCUGCUUUGAUGUCACCGAGUUCCCAGUGCAACGAAACUACGGCUUUCAGAUCCAUACUAAAGACAGGGUCUUCACGCUCUCGGCGAUGACAUCGGGGAUUCGGCGAAAUUGGGUUCAAGCCAUCACAAAAAGCAUUCGUCCCUCCACGGCGCCAGAUGUGACAAGCUCUUUGCCGGAGGAGAAAGCCGCAGCAAAGCCCUCCAGUGACGCCCGUGUAACAGCAGAGAACGCAUCUCAAGUAGACGGGAGCCACGCAGUGAAGAAAGCUGGGGCGCGGGAACGCCGCCGCGAUGGACGCUCUAAAACCUUUGACUGGGCCGAGUUUCGUCCCACCCAGCAGUUACUUGCGCAAGAAAGAGAGCCUGCCAUGGCCGAAGUGGCCGUACGCCCUCCUGUCGGCCCCUCCGCUCCAGUGGAGGAAGAGCUGCGUAAAAAUGCCAGUGCGGUUACGGACUUGGAAAAGGAACGGGCCUGGCGGAGGGAAGUGCGGCGGAAGCGUUUCGAGACGGCAGACGUGUCUUUUGUCUCCAGCCGGGACGAUGCCAAGUUUCAGAUGGAGGUGGGCCGCUCCCAGGCCAUCGUCCUAGAGUCGAAGUCGCCAAGCGUGCGCGUGGAGAUAGAAGAACGCUGGCACCAAGUGGAGACGACGCCUCUGCGGGAGGAGAAGCAGAUCCCCAUCUCUACACUUCACCCUUCAGCAUCUGACUCGGAGAGUGUGCCACCGCAGGACUUGGCACCUUUACUUCUGGAAAAAGAGCUGGAGGAGACUCAGAAGGAGCUGCGCGGCCUUCAGGAUCAGAAUCGGCUUUUACAGGAGCAGCUGAAGGAGGCUCAGAGUCGAGAGCACAACGCACGUGAGGGUUACGUGCUGCAGACUGACGCCACUGCCGCCUCGCAGAUGGGUGCUUGGCACAGACUCCAUAAAUUAAACCAAGACCUCCAGACAGAGCUGGACUGCCAGCGCCAGCGCCAGGACCUCACAAACCAGCAGGUACAGACCUUGAAGCAAAACUACGGACAAGUCAAGGAGAUCAUCCGACAGCGGGAGCUGGACAUUCAGAAGCUGCAGGACAAGCUCGGCAACGCCAUGGCAGAAAUCGAUGUCGGCGAGCAAACCAUCGGGAAGAUGCGCCGGGAGCUUCAGGCCGAGCGCGACAAGUUGAACGAGCAGGCCGGCGAGUGGCAGCACGACGAGGAGGCCCUCCAGUCUCAGCUGAAGGCCAGCGAGGCCAGGCUCAGGGAGGUGGAGGCCAUGUUGUUAGAGAAGAGCCAGGCUCUCCGGGACCUGGAGAGACAGCAGGCCUUGCAGAGAGACUACCAGAAAGAAGCCCUGAAGCUGCAGGACCGGCUGACUCGGGCCACCGAGCAGCUGGCAGCCAUGGAAGAGGCUCACGCGCUGCACGAGGAACGGCGACAGAAAUCCUACGAGUUUCUGAAGGAGAGCCACGAGAAGGAGCAGCAGGCGCUGAGUCGCAGUCUUCUCGAGGCGGAGGGGAAGGUUCGGGAGUUUGAGGAGCGGCUGCAGAAGGCCGAAUGCCAGCGAGAAGACACGCAGAAGGAAAAGCGAACUGCUACUCUGGAGUACAGCGAGAUUGUCCACCAUCUGGAGGAGCAACUGCUCAUCAAAAACGAGGGCAUCCAAGAGCUCACGCAGAACGUGCGAGACCUGCAGACGGAGAAGGAUCAGCUUGAGUGCAAGUGCCAGGAACUGAGCCAUCAAUUGUCGGAGGCGGACGCCGAGGCGCUCAAACUGCGAUCCCGGCUGAAGACGGAGGAGACGGACUACUACAACCUGGAGCACUCCUAUGAGAAAGUGUCCGAGGAGAUCCAGAAGGUGCGUAAAGUCCUCGGAGAGAAGGAGGACGAGAUCAGAGAAGUCCAAGUGAUGUACGAGCGACUGGUGGAGAAGAAGGAGCGAGAUCUCAAUGAGGCUCUCGUUAAAAUGGCGGCGCUGGGGACUAGCUUGGAGGAAACGGAGAGUAAGCUGCGGGCGAAGGAAGAGCUGGUAAGCCACCUGGACGGCCGGGAAGGUAAACUCGAAGCGGCAGAGUUGCGUGUUGGCGAGCUGGAGCGGCAGCUGGCCGAGCUGCGGGCACCGGGCGCCUGUAGCGAGCUCGACGGUGGCGUGAAGUCCUCGCCGCCAACGGAAGCGGAAAGUGACCCCGACGCCUCGGCAUUCUGUAAAAGACAGAGGAUACGGUUUGCUAGCAUCUACUGCCAGAAAUACGAGGGAGACAAGUCGGUGGCCAGUAGCGCAUCUCCUGACGCCAGCCAGGAUGGGCCCGCGGUAGACAAGAGCCCGUUGACCUCAACCGAAGGCGAUCCUGGGAGGUUCAUCUCCAUCAUCCGUUCCCUGGAGAACAAACUGUACGUGACGGAAGAGAAGCUGAAAGAAAUAACCCAGAAAGUGGAGGAGGAGCAGAGCCGACAGCUGGAUUCGGUAAUGGAGCAGCGGAGCCACUGGGCCGAAACGGAGCACGAGCUGCGCCAGCAGCUUGACGCCAGUCUGUCCAAGAUAGACGGGCUGAAGGCCGAGCUGCAGGGAGAAAUGGACGCCCACGCGGCAGUCCUGCGAGAGGCCCGGUGCCGAGUGGGAGUCGCCAAGGGGAUCUGUGAAGAAGCUCUCGCCUGGAUGGAGUCCAGUCGGGAGAAGGUCCAGCAGGUGCUCGGGGGUCGGCAGGGCGUUGAGGUUGGCACACUGCACCGUGUGCUGCAAGAGGCCGACGACGAACUGGUGAACGCCACCAAGUGCCUGAAGCAGCAGGGGGCAUUUUUAGAGGAGACCACCGCCAGUGCGGUGCCCACGGAGGACAAGGUUAACGUCUUGACCAGAAUGUUGGCUUUUGAAGCACUGUUACUGAACAAAAUGGCCGCCUCGGUGGAACGUUGUGCUCCGGAUCGCUUUGGUGAAAUCUCGCAAGAAGUCGGGAAGUUUGAGAAUAGCGAGCAGACCGCCGCAGCCUAUGCAGAUGUCUUAACACACAAGUUGGUUUGGGAAAGGGACUUGUGGGCAGAGGGCGAGAAGGUGCCAUGUGAAGACGCCGAGCGAGACGGCGAGUCGCAGAGUGGGACUUUAGAAGAGCAGAUGGCAGACCGUGCCGCCCGUGUGGCCCGCGUCACAAGUGAAGCGUCUCUCAGACUGCAGCAUCUCAAGCACGCGUACCAAAGGCAGAUGGAGGAGCCCAGCGGAAAGGCUAAGAGCCGCCGGCACCAGGGGGUCCGAGGAGCCGUCGGCCAGGCGGGUCUCUUGGCCGACAUCACUCCACCCGAACUCGCCCCCUAUGUGGAGCAAAUUCAAAUGGAGGAGGCCCGUAGCCUAGCGCUGGAGGUUGUGGAGAAGCACCUCGGGCAGGAUGGCGGCCGUGUUUCUUCAGUCAGUGGCGAGAGGUUUGCCGCCGCCCUGAGACGGGAGGCCCAGCUCCUGCAGCCUUUGUCUCGCGACGUCGAGUCGGUGUUUCCCUGCCGCUCUACUCCGGCGAUGUUCGCUUGGGACUCUUCCUCGGCUGACGCUCUCUGUAGAAGCUCGUCCGUCUUGGUGCGAGAGGCCGUCGUUCAGGCCCAGAUUGCCUAUGUAGCGUGCAAGCUGAGAGUCCAGCGUGAUGAGGACGCUUAUGGCAGCAUGGAGGUUCUGUGCCAGGAGCACGUGAAGAACAUCGCCUCCAUCCAGGAGCGCUACGACAAGGCCCUGCUGGCGGAGAGAUGCGCCUUUGAGGCGGCUCUCGCCCGUCUGAAAGAAGAAAAUGAGGCUCUAAGAGCCGAGGCCUCCCAGCACUUGGCUGAGAUCUCCAGACAGCAGCAGAAGCUCCUCGACGUGGAGGAGCUGAGGCGCCAGUGCAGGUCUGAGCUCCAGGAGGCUCAACGGAAGCAAGCGGUCGGAGAAGUGGAGAGCCAGCGCAGGCUGGAGGAGAUGCGAGGCGACGUGGAGCGGGCCGAGGAGCGGCACACACAGGACAUCCGCACGUUGGAAGAUGACCUGCACCGGCGCAUAUUGGAGCUCCAGAAGAUCCACGAAGAAGAAAUGCGCCGACUGCACGGCCAUUACACUCAAACCAUCGCGGCGCUGCAACAGAGUCUGGAGAGGCAGAGGGCCGAGCAGCUCCGCAGUCCCCCACCUGAAGUCUCCCGCCGUCCCAGCUGUGACGAGGAGAGGGACUUGGAUGCCAUGGCCGUCUUGAAGGAGCGCAUUCUAGAGCUGGAGACCCAGCGGGAUGUCAUGAAGGGCGAGCUGGUGGAGCACAAGCACCUGGAAGGGGACCUCAUUGGCCUGAGGGACAGAUACCAGAAAGACUUUGAGAAGCUCAAGGCGACCUGCGAGAGGGGCUUCGCCGCCAUGGAGGAGACCCACCAGAAGGUCAUUGGGGACAUCCAAAGGCAGCACCAGAGGGAGCUGGACAAGCUGCUGGAGGAGAAGGAGCGACUGCUGGCCGAGGAGACGGCCGCCACUAUUGCUGCCAUUGAAGCGAUGAAGAAUGCCCACCGUGUGGAACUGGAGAAGAGCCAACGCUGUCAGAUCACUGGCAUGAGUGCAGACAUAGAGGAGCUGAGGAGGCAGUACCAGGAGGAGCUGCAGUCGCUGUACCGGGAGCUGGAGGUCUUGUCGGAGCAGUACUCUCAGAAGUGCCUGGAGAACGCCCACUUGGCACAGGCCCUGGAGGCCGAGAGGCAGGCCCUCCAGCAGUGCCAGCGGGAGAACCAGGAGCUCAAUGCCCAUAAUCAGGAGCUGAACACCCGGCUGGCAGCGGAGAUCACCCGCCUGCGUUCCUGCAUCACUGGCGAGGGUGGCGACGUUCCUCUGACGCAGGGGAAGGACGCGUAUGAGCUGGAGGUUUUAUUGCGGGUCAAGGAGUCCGAAAUCCAAUACCUGAAGCAAGAGAUCCAUUCGCUGAAAGACGAGCUGCAGACCGCCCUGAAGGAUAAGAAGUACGCGACUGAUAAAUACAAAGACAUCUACACCGAGCUGAGCAUCGUCAAGGCGAAGGCCGACUGUGACAUCAGCAAGUUGAAGGAGCAGCUGGUCAUAGCAACUGAGGCUGUGGGGGACACAGCGGGGGGCGGUGGUGCCAUGUCUGGAUACGACAUCAUGAAGUCAAAGAGCAACCCGGACUUCCUCAAGAAGGAGCGGGCGAGUGUCAGCCGCCAGACGAGAAGCUCGAGGUCCAAGAGCUUAAAGGAGGGCCUGACGGUGCAGGAGCGCCUGAAGCUGUUUGAAGCCAUGGACUCCAAGAAGGUCUGAGGUCACCAAGUGCCACACAGGACUGGCGUGUCUGCCCGCCUUGCUCCUCAAGCGUGCAGUAGGCUGGCGUUCUGGAGGCUGGCACCCGUCAGCCUGCCUUUUGUUCUGCAGAUGCCCAGCAUGGCCCUUAAAGUGACUGCUGACACGUGGCAGGCGUUUUGGCUUCUGUCUGGAUUCUCAUUUGUGACUUGGAGUUUCUGAGGAGACCCUCGUGUGGGGGGCGAUGGGGUCGGGGGGCACCUCUACCAGCGGCCCUUGGUUGCUUUUUUUAUGUACUGCUGGAAGUAAAAUUUGUUUUAUCGCUGAAAUUUGAUUUUAAAAGAACAUCCUGCAGCGCAGCGCCUGGUGCCAGGGGGGUCCGUGUGAAGGAACUUCAGGGGUGCUAAAAGGAGGUUUUUUAAUUGUGGUAGCGUUUGUGCCAUCUAGUGCCCCAUUUGUACCCGCCCGUGGGUGUAUAGUGACCGGUCAUGUGAUGGCGGUGGGUGGGUGUCACUUUGCAGGGUGGGUUUUUCUUUUUUGAGAGUCGGGUGACAUCACAGAAAGACCCCCAAUAUAUCUGACCGGUCGGUGCUGCUCAAAGUGGCAAGCUGAGGGCGAUGGUGGGCAGCAGCCAGCCUGUUUUGUUACAGUGAAAUCGACACAUGUGCCCUUCUUCCUUGGUGGAGCCCCCCUUCCAGGUCAGUGUGCUGCCCUCUGGCUGUCCAACCCUGCCACCUGUUGUUCUUUCAUACCAUCCAGGGCCAGUGGCAGUGUGAGGGUCUCCGUCCCCUUGAUGGGUGACAAAGUCCUUUGUCUCAUCUCUGUUGGCGCCUUUGGCAGUCCUGCCAGAGGCCAUGUUGACCCAUUGGCACUGUAUCGCACAGGAGGGGGUGGGGCAGUCACUUUGUCUCGUUGGUCUUGGUGUGUGGCCCAGGAGGGCAUCGGGUUAAAUCUGGAGGAUCGGUGGUCGAUGUUAGCCUUGCCAUGGCGAUGGGCUCCAUCACCGGGGGUUGAUGAGCGGUGGGUUGGCUGAUUUUUCCGGCUGGUGGUGGAAAUGCAGCAGGAAUUCCAAUGGCCGGCCAUGACAGGAGUAAGGGUGGGCAGCACUGGGGCGGACGGGGGUCUCCCUGCUGCCUGUUGUCUGUUUUGAGCUUUUGCUGUACAUGACGCAGGGUCCACUGCAGCCCACCUUUUGUGUUUUCCUCGUCUCACCCUGGAGUGACACGGCUGCGGUGGGGCGGCACCCCCAGUGUCCUAAAGUGGUGCCAGCAGUCGUUCUCACGGUUUCUGCUCCCGUCGUAUUUUCUACAAUUUAAAUGAAACGGCAGCUAAGUGGCAUCCACUGUGGGCAGGCGUCCGGGUCAGCAGCCCUCUGGGUCACCGCUGUCCUCUAUUUGGUGAAGAAAACGGCUGGCAGCCCGUCCCUCGCCAUCGUCUGUAAAGGUCAUGUGGGUGACCCUAGCCUCAAGGCCCCACACCAUGCCAACCACAUCAUUUUUACUUUGAAUACCAGUUGUGUUGGCACAACUCAGAGUGUCAAACGAGAUGAGGCCAAGCCUGGCACUGCAAAGGGGGCACCACUGGUGGCUCUUGAAAGGAGGACGUGCCCGCCUCUGCUUUCAGCUUUCCCUUUUAUGCGAUGCCUUUGCUUCAGCGGUUAUGCCAGGUGGUGCGGUGGUCCGUCUUUGGAGCCACUUUAAAAGUCAGAGUUCUUCCGCUGCCCACGAGUAUGGCAGAGCGCUUGUGUGUUGUGCCGCCCCUUCAUUUAGCGUUCUUUGUGAUUUUCAAGUCCUGGCGCUGCAGUAUUUAUUACGAUAAUUUCCCGAUUGUAUUGUUUCUGUUAGAUGCUUGUGAUGCCCACAUGGCAUCAUUUUUAUCAUGUAAAUACAAAAGUUCAACUUCUUAUAACCUCAACAGUAAUAAAAGUAUUUUUGCACCUCU